AUGGCGUGGAUUUGUAGUCGUUCUGCUGAGGUUCAGAGGAAAACCUGCAGCCUCCUCCUCAUCGUCUUCUUCAUCAUCAUCUUCAUCAUGAAGGCUUUCCUCAUCCUCUCUGUUCUGGCUCUCGCAGCUGCAGCAGCUGUUGCAGAAGCUGAGGUUGCAGAGGUUGAAGUUGAAGAACAACGGGCGGUAGAAGAGGUACAAGAUGAACAUCCUGUUCCUGAAGAUGGAGAUGCUGUUGUAGCUGCUCUAGAGGCGGACACUGCAGUAGAAGGUAGUUCCAGCUGUGCGUCUGGUUGGAUCAGAUAUAAGAACCACUGCUAUCUGUACCGGAGCGUUCUGUCCACCUGGACCUCUGCUGAGGUGUACUGUGCCAGUCUUGGAGCUUCCUUGGCCUCUUCCCAUGAUUGGUAUGAUGACAGAUUCCUGAAGUUAUUCCCUGGUAGACCGCAGUAUUCCACGGUCUGGAUCGGAGGAUUCUACUUUCCACAGACCUGGAGGUGGGUGGACCAGAGCCGCUUGGGAUACUCCAACUUUUGGACUUACAACAACGUCAACACUCACAAGUGUAUCUACCUGCAGUCCACAGAUGGCUGGGCCAAUGGAAUCUGCAAUACUGGAAGACAUUCCAUCUGCAUGAAGAAAAUCGAUGAAUGUUGAGCCGGACAUCAGCUGAUCUGAGCGUGAGAUCAGCUGAUCUAUCUGGUGGAUCUAUCUACAUGCAGCUUUAUUUUAUAUUGUCAACACAUGAUGAGUAUUAAUCAGUCACAUGUGCAGUUUUGUAAAAUGCUGAGAUGCUGAUGACGCCAUGAUGUACUUAUGGAACUAAAUUCUUCUUUCUGAUUGGUUUAGAGGCCAAUGGCCCAGAGCUGAUUUAUUUUCUAAACUUUGACAUAAAAGAUGAAGAAAAAACAUGAAUAAAGAUUUGUUAUUGUGA